AGAAGUGCAGAAAAAUGGGUGGGCAAAUCAAAUCAAGGUUGGAAUGAGUGAACCUCUUGUACCCCUUCCAUGGCAACAUGAGUACACCGUAAGUUCCAAUACAAUCUCUUCCACGUUGAACCACGACCAAUCCAAUCAGAAAUCUCCUUCCAACAGGUUGCUGACAGUACAGUAUGGCAUGCCCUGCACGAAUUAGUGUCUGAAGGCUUCAAUCGUCUGGUCUCUGAACCUCGAUCCAGCUCUAAUCGCAAACACGGCGAAUUGGUUUCGUUCGAGUUAGUUGUUCGUGGCAUUUCCAAUUGUUUCUCUCGAAAGAAAGGCAGGCAGGCAGGCACGAUGACCGGUGGCGAUAAUUCACACUCUAUCACGCAUGUCAUCUUCGACAUGGACGGCCUUCUGCUAGACACCGAGAGGUUUUACUCCGUCGUUCAAGAGAAAAUACUGUCAAGGUAUGGGAAGAAAUUCGAAUGGUCUCUGAAAGCGAAAAUGAUGGGAAAGAAAGCUCUAGAGGCAGGGCAAAUCUUAGUCAAGGAAUUAGGCCUGGAAGGAGUAACAACACCAGAAGAGUUCAUUGCUGAGCGCGAGACCAUGCUUGAAGUUAUGUUCCCGGACACUGAACUUAUGCCAGGUGCGGAGCGCCUCAUCAGACAUCUCUAUGCAAAUGGAGUGCCUAUGGCAGUAGCAACAAGCUCUCACAAACAUCAUUUUGAGCUGAAGACUACCAAGCAUGGUGAACUGUUUGGGCUCAUGCACCACGUGGUUGUGGGUGAUGAUCCGGCGGUGACCAAGGGUAAACCAGCUCCUGAUAUUUUUCUUACCGCCUUCGACCGUUUCCAAGAACCCAGUUUGAAAACGGAAAAUGUACUUGUGUUUGAAGAUGCACCAACAGGUGUAGGGGCCGCAAUAGCUGCGCAGAUGCCGGUCGUUAUGGUUCCAGACUCCAACUUGGAUAAAAGCUUGCAGCAGGGUGCCAAUCAGAUUCUUUCCUCUCUACUUGAGUUCGACCCCACUUUUUGGGGGCUCCCAGCCUUCAAGGCAUGAUGAGACUGCGAUGUAGGUGUAGCAGAUCCUGGUCACAUGUUUAGUACUAAUAGUGCCUUCUUCACAAGCAGCUCGGCGUUAAGCCGACCAACGACCUGUCAAACAGCUUCACGAACCACUCAUGUUCCUGACCACCUGAAAGAAAUGAAUAGACUCUCUGUUCUCACCCGCGGUGUACCACAUCCGCACCUACGAUGUGAGUUCCGUCCGGUUCAAGGCAGGUAGUGAAGAGGAGGUGCCAUCAGAGCAUGGAAGCGGCAGGAUAUACAUCCAGGUCGGGACGACGUAUAUCACGGAGAGUUGGUGCAAAAAAGAGAUUGCAGAAUUUUUGAAACUCUUAAAAUAUGUCACCUCCCUGAGUCCAAUGAAUUGUACGAAUUGGCUGUCGCCGUACAAAAUGAUUCAUGAUGAGAAAAAACUGGCAUGAAGAUCUUUGGACUCGCUGUUAGCGCAUUGUGCCGAAUUUUCCAGAGAAUUUUUCCUAAUUCAC